UUUUGCCACAGCGUGUGCCGCAUCCAGCCUUGGCACGCCGUAGCUUCGUCCAAAGGCGCGCCGGGGACUCCAAAUCAGAGUGCCAUCGCGCCCGUAGCACUCCGACCAUGUAUGCGACAGCUUUGCUGGCAUGCAGCUGUGUUGCGACAGCCAUGGCGCCGCCGCGGCUCGCGCGCCGUCGAUUCAUCGGUGCUGCCACAUCAUUCGUGCCGGGUGUUGCCGUCGGAGCGAAUUUGCCGUCCGAUAAUGGCGCAAAAGGCGACCAGCGCGGGACGGUUACAGCGUUGGUACCGAUUGUCCGCGUCGCCAGCGGCAUCGCGCAAGCAAGUCGCGCCGUACAGGCGGGAAAGCUACAAGACGCACAAAAAGCACUGGACGCGAUACCAGUUGCCGAGAAGCCGUUCAAGCGGCUCUUCGACGAGUACAGCGAGCCCGUUUCUUACAAGCAAAAAUACAAAGAUUCCAACGCGUUUGUCGUCUACUAUACGCAAGGCUUCGACGGCGCGGGCCGCCCGGGCAUCGAAGCGCCGGACGCGAAGGAGGAGCGGCAAACGCGACAGUACGGAUAUCGGAACGACGCCUGGGCGGCCGUCGACGACGCCCGCGCCGAGGUGAAAUACUGCAUCGAGGAAAAAGCGGAGACGACGGAGCUGGGCUCUAUGUUGAAGCGCGCGUCCGCCGCGCUCGACGGCUACCUCGGCCUCGCUCCAUCUAGUGAUGUGGCGGCGGCGCGGGCGAAGUUGUAAUGUUGUGACUAACGGUACUAGUAAAU